AUGUCAUCGGCUGAUGUGUCAAACGCUCCACCAUUGAAUAACAAUAACAACAAUGUUGCAAAUAACAAUAUAAAUAAUAAUAAUAAUAAUAAUAAUAACAACAACAAUAUUACAAAUAAUAAUAUAAAUAUAAACAAUAAUAGUCAAAAUGGAGGAGUUACAGAUAAUCAUAGUUUAGCUGGAGCAAUAGCGCCUGGUUUAAUAAAUCGAGCUAGAAAUAAUAACAAUCAAAAUGCAUUGUAUCACAUGAGAGAUAGACUUUUUCAUGCUUUAUUUAUUAAAGCUGCUUUAGCUUAUGCUCGAACAUUUCCUAAACCUGUAAGAAGAUUAAUUGAAUUUAUAGUUUUGUUAAAGGCAAUAAUGGCAUUUUUUGUAAUGGCUUAUAUUCACAUAGUAUUUUCACGAGCACCUACCAAUUGUUUAGAGCAUAUAAGAGAUGAGUGGCCACGUGAUGGCAUUUUAAGAGUUGAAAUCUUAAGAAAUGGAGCUGAGGAUUACAGUAUAGAAAAAAGUUAUGCUAAGGAAGAAAAAUUGCGCCAAGAAAAGGUUGAUGAUUUAACUAGCGUUCUUGGGAUACUGCAAAGAGAUGGAUUUAUAAAUAUUGAACCGUCGGCUGUGGAUGAGGAACGAGUUGUAGUAGAAAGUAAUAAUAAUGAAAAAUCUAGUAUUAAAGUAGGCGAUCAAGUAGUUGAAGCAGCUACAAUAUCCGAAACAUUUAGUAAAAAUUUAAAUAUUACCAAUGCAAGUACGAGUCCUUCAUUAUCGACAAAUAUCUGGAAUAAUGGUUUCGUUACCGAAUCGAUAGACGAUCAAGAUAUUUUAACGACAUCAAUAAAGUCAGAAAAUUUAACAAAUCAAACUGUUGAUUCUGAUUUAGAUGUUGGAAAUAAUAUAAUUCAACCUUUGAAAGAUCAUGUACCCAAAGUGGAAAAAUUAGUAAGAGCAGAAGACGAAUAUAUAGUUGAGUAUUCAUUGGAGUAUGGCUUUCUGCGAUUGUCUCCAGCGGUACGUCAAAGACUUAACAUCCCAGUUAAAAUAGUUACAUUGGAUCCACAAAAUGAUAAAUGUUUUGGAGAUGCAUUUUCGAGACUUAUUCUUGAUGAAUUACUUGGUUAUGAUGAUCUUCUUAUGGCAAGCAUUAAAACUUUAGCUGAGCACGAAGACAACAAAGGAUUUUUACGUAAUGUUGUAACGGGUGAACACUAUCGUUUUGUAAGCAUGUGGAUGGCUCGGAGCUCAUAUUUAGCUGCAUUUUUCAUAAUGUUGGUAUUUACUGUUUCUAUUUCUAUGCUGUUGCGAUACUCACACCACCAAAUAUUUGUCUUUAUUGUUGAUCUAUUCCAGAUGCUUGAAUUCAAUGUGACGGCAUCUUUUCCAGCAGCAUCCCUGUUGGUUGUAAUUUUGGCUCUUGUUGGAAUGGAGACAAUAAUGUCGGAAUUUUUCAAUGAUACAACCACUGCAUUUUACAUUAUCCUGAUUGUUUGGAUCGCCGAUCAGUAUGACGUUAUCUGCUGUCAUACGCCAAUCACCAAGAGACACUGGUUACGAUUCUUCUAUCUUUAUCAUUUUUCAUUCUACGCUUAUCAUUAUCGAUUUAAUGGACAGUACAGCAGUCUUGCACUCGUCACAUCGUGGCUCUUCAUCCAGCACUCUAUGCUGUAUUUUUUCCAUCACUACGAGCUCCCGGUGAUACUACAGCAGGCGCAAUUGCAGCAGAUUCUCUUGCGAAAUCACGCACCAACUGGCGGUGCUGGUACUGGUCAAUCUCCUGCACCAAGUACAGCAGCUACAACUCCCGGUCCGUCUCCGGCUACAACUCCUUCAUCGGACAGUCCGAGUCCUUUGACGCUGACCACAGAUCAAACCCAGCAAAAUUACAUUAAUGAACUUUCUCAGUUAGAUUCUGAUCCAAAUGAUUCCCACCAACAACUUGUAACUAAUAAUUCCGGUUCUGAAGUUGCGGAAGCAUCAUCAAGGCAAUUUAUUAACUUGCCAACUAUUAAAGCAACUGAAAAUGAAAGGACGUUGUUGGGUGGAGCGACGACAUCUACUGAUACACAAUCAAUAGUAUUGAAAAAAUUAGAACAAGAACAAGAAAAACAAGACGCUGACGAUGAUAAUGACAACAAACAAGGGUCUACAUGCGAAGAAUUUGAACGAACAAAGUGA